AGAAAGACAAAGGCCGUGUUUGUGGAUAUUAGUGGUACGCUGCUCGUCGGCAACGCGGCCCUGCCCGGUGCCAUUGACGCCUUGGCUCGAUUGAAGCAAAACUACACCGUGCGCUUAGUCACCAACACGAGCAAGGAGUCACAGCGUGCCAUUUACGAGCGCCUGACGACCCUCGGCUUUGCCGUCGAACCCUCUGAGGUGUUUACCUCGCUGGCGGCCACGAGGGCGCUUCUGCUUCGCGACCAACGUCGAUGCUUCUUUAUCAUUCCACCGGCCACGGAGGAAGAUUUUGCCGAUGUUCCUCGCGACAGCCCAGAUACCGUGGUUCUGGGGCUGGCGCCUGACAGCUUUGACUAUGCAACUUUGGACACCGGCUUUCAAAUCCUCAGACAGCCGGAUGCCCGGCUGAUAGCCAUCAACACCAGUCGUUUUUAUGCCACCCCGAGCGGCGUGCACAUCGCCGCGGGCGCCUUUGUACGGGCUCUGGAGUAUGCAGCCAAUGUGUCGGCCCACGUGGUGGGCAAGCCAUCGGCCGAAUUUUUCCGCGCCGCUGCCGCUUCCUGCCACCUGGACGUCGAGAGCUGCGUUAUGAUUGGGGAUGAUACGGGAGACGACUUUGAGGGCGCCAUGCGCGCCGGUUUGCGGGCCAUGCUCGUUGCUACUGGUAGGUUUGAUGCAGCGAGGAGAUGA